AUGACCGUCAAGACCAUUGCUCGCCACGGGGACUGGCCGUCUCCCAUUGGUGUGGACGACAUUGCCUCCAAGACGCGCGCGUUGGCGGCCCCGCGCGUUACUCCUCAUUCUGGCCGGGCCUUCUUCCGGGAAACGACCGAGGAUGGGAGGAGCACCAUCGUCGAAGUUACCGCCGACGGCGGCAUCGUAGAAGUCCUGCCAGCCCCUUACAGCGUCUCUAACCGGGUAUACGAGUACGGUGCAUCGCUCUACAACGUCCUGCCCGACGAUGCCAUCGUCUUCUCCCACCAAGACGACGCCGUCUACGUACUCGAUCCGGACGCCCGCAGCGUCACCUUCCUCACCAAGGGUUUCGAGCAGCGGUAUGCCAGCUUCAGCGCCAGCCCUGUUCCGUCCUCGUCCUGGGUGCUUGCCAUCCAGGAAGACCAUGCAUACGGCGACACACCUGAGGAGGUGCGCAACAGCAUUGUGGCCAUUAACACAGACACAGGCGAGGUCAAGACCGUUGUGUCCGGAGCCGACUUUUACUUUGUGCCGCGCUUCAGCCCCGACGGCGCCAGUCUCAGCUGGCUCGAGUGGAAUCGCCCGGACAUGAUGUUUGACGCCGCCAAGCUGUACCGCGCCCACUGGGCUCUUUCUGAUGAUGGUUCUAUCUGCAACGUGAGGUGCAUUUCCGGCGCUGGUCGUGAGGGCGUGGCCGAGCCGCACUGGGGCCCUGACGGUUCCCUCUUCUUCGCCCGAGAGGACGGACCCUACCGUCAGCUUGUCAGGGUCGCUGCUGGGAGCGACACUCCGGUCCCCAUCAAGCUAUUGGGUCUGGAAAAAGCAGAGAUUGGAGUGAUUGGUCUGUCUGAGGGAAGUCAGACCAUUCUGCCCUUGUCUGAAGACUGGCUCGUGGUAUCGGCAGUUCUAAACGGUAUCAGCCGGCUCAUUGCCGUGGACCUCGAAACCAAUGAAUGGCGCCAGCUAGCCGACGCCCAAGUCCUCAGUCAUAUUAGCGGCGAUGCAAUGGCCCGGCUCGACAACUCGUCAUUCCUUGUCAUCGGCAGCGGGACGACGUCGCCCCAUGCUGUCCAUCGAUUCCACCUCACCCGGCCCGAACGCAACCGGGUGAUCCGCGAAGCCACAGACCUAAAACUGCCCAAGCCCCUCCUGUCAGAGCCCGAGCCGGUCCACAUCCGGUCCAAGGAGUCGCCGACGCGUGACAUCUUCGGCUUCCUGUGGAUGCCACGGAAUCCCGACUUUUCGGCUCCCCAGGGCGAGCUCCCACCGCUCAUCGUCGUCGCUCACGGCGGACCAACCGGGCGCGCUGGCUCCGGCCUUAACCUACGGACUCAGUACUUUACCUCUCGCGGAUACGCCGUGGUCGAGCUCAACUACUCAGGCUCAACGGGGUACGGCCGGGACUAUAGAAACGCCCUCUUCGGGCGCUGGGGCAUUCUCGACGCCGACGACGCCGCCGAGUGCGCCGCCCGCUUUGUCGCCGCGGGCCGCGUUCGGGCCGGCGCGGUAGGCAUCACCGGCAUCAGCGCCGGCGGAUACAACACGCUGCAGGUUCUUGUCCGGCACUCGGACGAGUUCGCGGCGGGCUUUUGUGUCUCGGGCGUCGGCGACCUCGAGCGUUUUGACGCCACAACGCACAAGCUCGAGGCCGACUACACGCCGGCGCUGGUGCUGCCCCGGGGGGGCACCGACGACGAGGGCAGGGUGCGCAUCUAUCACGAGCGCAGCGCCCUCCACCAUGUCGAUGAUAUCACGUCCCCGCUGGUCCUGCUGCACGGUCAAGCCGACACGGUGGUGCCGGUGGAGCAGGCCACGCUGGUGGGAGAGGCCCUCAAAGAUCGGCGGGCUGAUGUCAAGCUCAUCGUCGUCGAGGGCGAGGGCCACAUGAUGGAUAAGCCAGAGAGUACGAGGAUCUGGCUCGAGGAGGAAGAGAAGUUAUGGAGGAGGACGUUGCUGUGA